CUCUAAUUAACUAACUCAUAAAAUUCCCCAACAAAAAACAAUGUAUGCUUCUACUUCCUUUACUUCACCACUUCUCCAUGAACUUCUUGUGGAAUCUCACACAAGAAGGUUACUCAUUCAAAACCCAGUUGAUCAUCAAUCACUUAAAAUCAACUCCCGUAUUUUCACAAAUAGCCACAAUUCAACCGACUCAUAUUUUAGAGCUCCUGAAUUUGAUUCAAAUGUUGUGAUGAUACUUGCAGUUGUAUUAUGUGCUUUUAUUGGUCCCCUUGCAUUAAACUUUAUCAUAAGGCGUGCCUUAAUAUUUUUAAAUGUAGCCCUCAACAACGACUCUUCUUCGAGUUCAAGCAACAACAAUUCACCUCAAUUGGUCAACAAAGGAAUCAAGAAGAAAGCUCUCAAGAAAUUUCCUACAAUGAGCUAUUCCACCGAGUUGAAUCUACCAAGUUUGGAUACAGAUUGUAUGAUAUGUCUCUCAGAGUUCACAAAGGGUGAAAAAUUGCGCAUUUUGCCUAAAUGCAACCAUGGAUUUCAUGUUCGUUGCAUUGACAAAUGGCUAAAAGAACAUUCAUCAUGUCCAAAGUGCAGACAAUGUCUUCUUGAAACUUGUCGAAAGAUUGGUGGGUCGCAAGUGCAACCAAUUUUGUUGCCAGUGCCAGAAACUAUUAUAAGGAUAGAACCACUAGAGCACGAAGCUUUGGAACGUAACUAUAGAGAAAUACAAGCUAACAAUUAACGACUACUUUUAAUGCCCUUCUUUAUUCCGAGUGAGCAAGGUAGUUCAAAUCAAAAACCAAUUAACCAUAUCUAAUUUUGUGGUUAUUGGUGAAUUACAAUUUGAAACUUUCUUUGCUUUACUUUGACCUCAAAUGUAAAAAUACACUGGUUAAAUUUUUUAUUGCAUUUCUUUUCC